AUGAGUGACGAAUUAGAUCAUGAAAAUGUUACAGAUGAUGCUGAUUAUGAAGAUGAUAAUAGAGAUUCAGCAACACCCCAAGAAGUUGUUGAUAAAAUUGCAAAAGGUGGUGAGGAGAUAAUUAUCGAAUGGCAUAAUAUGAUCCUUAAAGAGCCACCAAAAUUUGAUGCGUUUUUGGAACGAGUAAAUAUGUUGAAAAAUCGUUAUCCAAAUGUAAUUUUAUAUGACCGAUCACGUGUUAAGCUACGUGGUGACAAAUUGGGUGAUGAUUAUUAUCAUGCAUCGUAUGUUGAUUCAUACGGUCGAUCAGACGGUUAUAUACUUGCACAAGCACCAUUUGAUGAAACGACAGAAUCCGAUUUCUGGCGUAUGAUCGUUCAGACAGGUACGAAACUAAUUGUUCUCUUAACGGAUGUUAAUAAUCGAGAAGGAAAUCGUUUAAUUAAGCAUUUUUGGCCACAAUCAAAUGCAAAUAGCCGCAAUUAUGCUAAAGCUAAUGUCAAAGUAAAUUGUACAGAAAGUGAUGUCACUACUCUGUAUGACUGGUACAAGUUUUCGGUUAGCAAUACUGUUGAUAAACGUAUGGAUACAAUUACAGUAAUAAUGUUGCAUUAUCGUAAAUGGAUAUAUGACAAGAUUAUUCCAGAUAAUUUAUUGGAAUUUCGAUUUGAGGUUGAUGGCUCUUACUCAUAG